AUGACGUCAUUUUCGCAUCCGACCUUGUCAACAUUUAAUAAAGGUUCACGCAUGUCGUAUCGAGGUAUGUCACUGAUGGAAUUUGUAUUAGUUACAGGAAACUUUCCUACUCAUGGGCACUAUAUAGUGAAUUCACUGUUGAGAGAAGGGCUAAUACAUCGGGAGUCAGAGACAUCUUCGAAUGCGACUAAGGCAAAUACUGAGAUGGCGACCAUCCCUCCGAAUGCAAUCUUUGGGAACACCAUCUCAUUCUCUGUACCAAAACCACCUAUAUGUGACAUCGACGCAUUACUCAAUUGGGAAAAGGAAAUCGUCAGGUAUCUCGUACGAAACGGGAUCAACACCGCCGAGGCAGCUUACGAGUUACUCCAACUCAUAGUACCAAUCGAGUAUCCCAGUACUCUAACAUUCGAAGGUUCGACAGAGGACAUACUCAGACGGUACGUACACGCCCAGACAAUGAAAACAAGUUAUUAUUCACAAGCGAGUCCAGCGCAGGGGGCUUUUACAACAAUACGGAGAUACUACAACGCGGUGGAGAGAUGGACACGACGUUAUCGGAACAACAUCCGCGACGACCCAAUGGCUUGUAGCAGAUUUCGAGAGGUAUUUUUAGCAGGAAUCGCGCCAAUGACCCAGUUCAAGCUACAGGAAAAGGAAAUGAAGCUGGAGGACGUAGAGUCGGUUCUGGCGUAUCUACUUCAGUGGGACGAGGGCGCAUUAUGUGUACUGCACAGAACGCUCAAGCACGACGAUUAUGGGGACAUACCGACAGAAAGAAGUCAGGAUCCAGAGAGUGAGGCAAAGCAAAGCCGCACAUCAAGGACGACGAACAGGCCACGUUUCAAUCAGAAUGAGAGCACAAAACCCAGCAAACCAAAACAGUAUUGCGACUACCACAAGUCCACUACACACAGCACCGCUGACUGUCGUGCACAACAACAACACGGCGAUGCAUCCAAGAGGCGCAAGCGGCAAUAG